UAGAAGAACCGGAAAAGGACUUCGACGUCAUCUGUCGUUCAGGACAUCACUCCCGUGCAUAUAUAGCGAAAUCUAUAGACCUUUGCCGUUGUACCCACCUUUCACAAACCCACGCCCCAGACUUUGAACUGCUGUUGCUGUAGUGCUUCACCCUCUUUUCAAAAUAUGGUCCCAACAGAAUAAUUUACGCUGAACAAUGGCUCCCCCACAACCUUGAUGGCUGAUGCUGUCCUCCAAGUGUUUGAUAUGUGGCCUCAACAAGUUUUGCUUUUCUUUCCAUUUCUUUAGUUCCCCAUCUCUUUAUUUUCUCCCUUCUUUUCAUGAGUGUUUGCUUUAGUUAAGCUGUAGGAGAUGGAGGUUUGUGAAAACUUGAUCGACAGUAUCCACAGAUCCUUCACUGGUGGCGGCAUACAUUUCGCAUCUCCAGCUUUGUCUUUGAGGACAAAUGAAUUCGACCUGGUUCGAGGAGUGUUGCAAAUGCUUCAAGGUCUUGCGAGUUCACUACUCCCUUGGAAUGAGACGAGGCAGUGUUUUCACUACAAAAAGGGGAUUUUCUUGAAUCAUCUUUCACAGACGAGUUUGUAUCGUAUCCUUGAUCAGUUUUCAUAUGCUGCAACGUGUUUACAACUAGUUGAUAUUAUGGUGAACAAAAUUGAGAAAUCUAAGAGCUCGACUCCGCCGACUCUAAGAGCAUUUUCUUGUUCUGUUAGCACGUGGCUUAGAAGUCUGCGAGAUGUGGCUCUGAAAGAAGAGGUGAAAAUCAAUAAUCCAAAUGUUACUACUGCUGUGUCAAUCUUGGGAUUAUCCAGUUCUUUAUCAAGCCUUUGCGCAGGUGCUGAAUAUUUGUUUCAAAUAGUGCAUGGAGCCAUUCCUCGGUUCUAUUUUGAUCUUGAUGCCUAUGUCCCAGCUGCUGAUAUAGCUGUUCACAUCCUGAAUCAUCUUUACAUGAAGCUCAAUGAAGUUUGUCUUGUGGAUGGGGGAGAGGUUUUCAAAUUUCUUUGUAAAAUGAUACAUGGUUCUUUAAUGCUUGCCCUAGAAGUUUGCUACCGUAUAUUGAGAGCCUUGAUUCUUGGCUCUUCCAGGGAACUCUUGAUGAUCCCUUUGAGGAGGUCUUUCCUGCAGAUAUUUUUCAUUGCAAACAAAAAUAUUGCAAUAGAGGAGGCGGAAUUUUGGGAGAAAAGCUGUCAGUUGAGAUCGGCUAUGCCUGACAAACCAAGUCUUGUCAAUUUGACCGCAGAAUAUCGACCUUUAGCUAAAGACAAAAACGAUAUGACUGGCAGAGCAUCCAUAUGUUUUCCGAAUAUGGAAAUGGAGAAACAAGAUAAUAAUAAAGACUUUCAAGUUUGUCCAUUCUUCUUUAAAGACAUUGCUAAGGCAAUUAUUUCUGCUGGAAAAUCACUGCAGCUUAUCCGGCAUGCUCCUGCAAGAUCUGUUUUGGCAAUUUCUGGUGAUGAUGUUGAGAAUGGGUGUAGCGUAGAUGAGCUAACCUUAUUGGAGGUAUUUUGUGUCUCACUAACAGCUCUGAUUGACGACGGUGAUCAUAUUGCUGAGGGUUUAUGGAAAGAUGGGAAACAUUUGACCAAACCCAUUGAGGAGACUCUGGUUGUAGAAAAGAAAAAGGUCUGGCAGAAGUUAUUGGCGGACACACUAAAACAGAAAAGUUAUAUGGGUUUAACAUCAAGAAAAGGUUCACAUAAUAUGAAAGGGCCGGAAAUGAUCUCAGAUGAACUUGACAUGCUUCCUAGAAAGUAUUGUCCUGAAAAUCCAGCUAUUACUGUUUGUCGUGGGAUUCUUUGGGAGAACAGAGAUUCUUGGAGCCCACUGAAUGUUUCUCAAGCUUUUGAUCUCCCUCCUUUGAAUGAUGAGUGCCUAAGAAAGGCAAUUUUCCAUAAUAGUUGUAUGGAUUCUACUUUAGAUUCUCAGUUUGGCGAGGUGGAAAGUGCGAGAUUCUUAGAAGAUGCAAAAAUGCUUGAGGUUUUGCUUCCAUUUCCUACCCUUCUUCCAUCUUUCCAGGAUGACCUUCAGAUAUCAGAAGUUUUACCCUUUCAGAAUAACUGCACGCUUCCCUCAAGAACACUCAGCUGGAUUCAAAAUGUUGAGCCUAAGGGUACUCCAUUGCCUUCAGCUAUUCUUCAAGAGUGCCUUAUCACCUACAUUACGAAGCAGGCCGAUUAUAUUGGCAGGACUAUGCUGUCCAAAUUACUUGGUGACUGGAGAUUGCUAGAUGAGUUGGGUGUGUUGCGUGCUAUAUAUUUAUUAGGAUCGGGUGAUCUACUGCAGCACUUUUUGUCGGUGAUCUUCAAUAAGCUAGACAAAGGAGAAUCCUUAGAUGAUGAUUUUGAGUUGAACACGAUAUUGCAGAAGCUGAUUAAUUUUGUGAAAAAAAAGUUUGCAUUCGCGAUGCCAACUUUUAUUUUUUCUCCUAAUUGCUUUUUUGGAUAUUUGAUGCUGUCACAUUAUGUGUUACAGGAUAGAGGCAUUGCAACAAUAGAACAAAAGCAUCACUGGUUACUAGAGCAAAAAUUGCUUCAUUUCGUGGAUGCCUUUCAUCAAUAUGUCAUGGACAGGGUAUACCACAAUGCAUGGCGUGAGCUUUGCGAGGGUGUGACAUCAGCUGGCACUCUAGAUGAAGUCAUCGAUGCACAUGAGACCUACUUGCUAUCAAUCCAGAGACAGUGUUUUGUCGUGCCAGACAAGCUGUGGGGAUUGAUUGCUAGUCGUAUAAACAGUAUCCUUGGCCUGGCCCUCGAUUUCUACUCCGUACAACAGACACUAAGUAGCGGUGGAUCAAUUUCUGCAAUCAAAGCAAGAUGCGUGAAGGAAAUGGAGAGGAUAGAGAGACAGUUUGAUGACUGCAUGGCCUUUCUUCUCAGGAUUUUAUCUGUGAAGCUCAAUGUCGGACAGUUCCCUCACUUGGCAGCUCUAGUUACUCGUAUAAACUACAACAACUUCUACAUGUCUGAUGGUGGGACUUGGGUAACUGGCCCUGCCACUUCCCGUCCACCUUAACUAACUGCUACCAUAGUUUGAGCCGAGUAGUUUGAUUUCUUUAUUGUGCAAGUUUUUCUGUGUAGUGUUAGUAUAUAUGUAAUUUACUUGGUUCUCGUAAGGAUCUAGAAAUGGCGAUUAUUGCUUAUUGCUUGUCAACUUUCAGAUUUGAUACGCUUUGUACAUUUUUUUUAAAGAAAAAAAAUUGUAUACACUAUUUAAGUGCUAAAUUGGUUCGCAUGGAUCAAGUGUGUAAACAUUGUCACUCCAAAUGAUUUGGUGUUUUGGUCCCUUGAAUAUACAUCCAAUUUUUAUUUUUAUUUU